AUGGCAAAAUGGCGCCUUGAAGCCAGCGACAAUGCCACCAAGCCUUGCCGAAUAGCAGCAAUUGUCGACCAGGAACAAAUUGAGCCGUCGAAGUAUGCAAAGAAAUGCGAAGAAAAUCUAGAGGGCACCUGCGAUACCCGCAAAACAAUUUGGACAGAGUAUUAUGAUCUACGACCCAAUGAUUUGGUUCUCGAAACUCAAGUUCACGGUGUCCCUAAUCCUGAAGUUCAAUGGUUCAAGGACAAUGAGGUAGUUAUUUACGAUGGCAAAUAUAUGCUAAACCGUGAGCCAAAUGGGAAGUACCAACUGCGCAUACAUAAACCACAGCAGGAGGAUUGUGGUAUAUAUGAGUGCCGCGCUAAAAAUAAUGACGGCCAAACAAAAGUACAGCACGAAGUGAAAUUUGGUUCAAAUGAACAAUUUGUACAUGUACAUCGAAUCGAAUAUGCGGAUCGACUUAAAAGACAGCUUGAAGAAGAAUUGGCAUUUAGUUCUCGAAAUCUACUACUGCAGUCUGUGCAGAGCAGCAUCGUAGACAAAAAAGUUGAUAAAGAGUAUUCUGGUGCUGGAGCUUUUGAAACAAUAGAAAGUAAAAUAGAAACUUCUAGUUCUCCAGACUUCGUACCGGAAGAAGAAAAAUCGCUUGAAACUCAAAAAUCUAAAUCAGCACAUCGAAUAAAGGCAAUGCCCCGGCGUCGUUUUUACGAUGGUCCAUCAGAACCGUUUGUAAUUAGAGAUUCUAAAAAGAAACUAACAUGGGCGACCAAAUUGAAAAAUGUGACUGCACAGGAAGGUGGAGUUAUUAAGCUUGUAUGUAUUGUGACUGGGCCAUUACCUCAAUAUAAGUGGUUUAAAAAUGGUAAACCCCUUGUGUGGAGUAAAGAAACAAUAAACGAAUGCAACGCUGAAUUCGGUUGUGUGCGUAUAAAAAAUUUAAAUCUAAUAGAUUGUGGAGAAUAUAUUGCUGUAGCCAAAAAUGCCGAUAGUGAAAUCGAGUGUUGCUGUAAAGUGACUGUCUUCCCAAAAACGAAAGAUGUGCAGACAUCUCCCACAUUCACCAGAAUAACAGAUUAUUACGACAUUCGAGUCAAUGAUCUUGUUCUUGAAGUCCACGUCAGAGGCAUGCCAGCUCCAACACUGACAUGGGAGCGAGAUGGCCGAGAACUUCAAAAUGGUAUGGACAAAAUUAUCAUCGCUCGUGAAAAAGAUGGCGUUUACAAAUUAAGCAUUCACAAUCCUGAAAAAUUGGAUGGUGGACAAUGGGUUAUUAAAGCAAAGAACAGUGCUGGUGAAGAAAAAGCGAAACAUUACAUAAUAUUUAAAGGAAAGGAGCAUCACCAGCAUAUAGCUAGAAUUUACCAUGCUGAUAAAAGGGACGAAAUAUUACUACCGCGAAAUGCUCUUUGUGUUUUGCCUACGAUUAAAUCUCAACCAUGGAAGCAAUCUUUGUUAGUCAAUGGCGAUGAAUCGAAUGAUGUAGUCUCCAAAAUAACGAAAGAGGGAAUUCUCCAAGAACUUGAAGGAAACAUUUCAACAAAACCACAAAAACGAGAAUGGCGAAAGAAGCUUUCAACUUUAUACAGUUCAGAGCAUCGACAAUUUACAGAGGCGCAAAUGGUUUCAAAAAUGCUAGAUUCGAAACAAAAACUGUCAUUUGAUGUUCAACUAAAAAAUAUAACAGUUGCAGAAGGCAGCUCGAUAAAAAUGGUAUGCUCCUGUACUGGUCCGUCGCCAUCUAUUAAGUGGUACAAAAACAACCUUCCAAUAGCCUGGUCUAAAACAUUGAAGAAUGACACCAAGCUAGGAAUUGGUGCAAUGCAUUUUGAGACAACAUCUGUGAACGAUUCGGGAACUUACAAAUGUGUAGCGAGCAACAAUUUUGGAGAAAUAGAAACUUCGUGUGCGCUAACUGUCUAUCCGGUUCAGCAAAAUCAAUUCGAGGCUCCAAAGUUCACAAGGAAUGUGAAAGAAUACUUCAAUGUGCAGGUCAAUGAUUUGGUGUUAGAACUGCACGUUCGAGGUGACCCUCCGCCAAAUAUUAAAUGGUUUCGAGAUGGUGUACAACUCGAAAAUAUCGAAGGCAAUAAAUUUUUCGCACUCAGAGAGCCAGAUGGAAUACAUAAGCUUACUAUUCAUGAUCCACAAUGGAAAGACGAAGGACGGUAUGUAUGCGAAGCUGAAAAUGUCGCUGGAAAGGAUAUUAUUAAACAUGUAGUUAUGAAGCUUAACAAAAAAGAAUAUUGCCACGUUCGCGGUAUAAUUUACCACGAUCCUAAUGCGAUGAAGCACGGACAGUAUGCAGAACCUGUUAUAAAACUUCCGCUGGAAAAGAAACCGAGGGAAUUUGUAUGGAUGGAAGACGGAUCAUAUUAUGUUCGAGGUCAAACACCUGAGAACUUAUGGGAGUAUGAGACAGAUACGAGUGCAGAAAGUGAAUAUGAACCUUACCAAUCAUCUGCUGAUGAUAAAAUAGUAGAAGAAGAUAGUGAGGAUGAUAGAUUAGAAGAAGAAGAAGAUUACAACGAAUGGAAGGAAAAACUUCAACCAGUUAUAAAUCAUGGUCCAAAAAUAAAGAAAGUAAGAAGAAAAACUAUAAAUAGAUUUGAGAAUACAAACGAUGAAAAGCAAAGAAAAAAAUCUGAUGGAAUGGAAACCACAAAUCAAAUUAUAACAGAAUCGCACGACAAAAAUGUAGUAAAUACAGAAAAAGGAUUACCGAUAGAUGAAACUGCAUUCAACGAACCAUAUAGCGAAAAAGAUGCAGAAGCAAUGCGAAAACAGCGACACCACCGAUUAUUCCCCGAGCUUGUAUCAGAAUCACCUCAGCCUGAAGAAAGUAAAAAUACCCUUCCCAAGUUUAUUACAGAGUUAAGGGAUAUCACAGUCACGGAUGGAGGAUCAGUAAAAUUGUUUUGUAUUGUAUCUAGUCCAAAACCUGAUAUGAAAUGGCUGAAGAAUGGUGAACCACUGGAGUUCACCAAAAUGAUAAAAAAUCAAACUCGAGACUCUACAGGAAUAAUUCAAUUGACAAAAGUCUCUGAAGCAGACGAAGGAGUGUAUACAGCUGUUGUUAAGUACAAAGAUAGCGUAAUCAGGAGUCAAGCAAAAGUUACAGUAAUAAAAAAACCCGAAUUUUCAAUUGGAAGGGCUCCAAUAUUUAUCACGGGAAUAAGUCAACACUACGACUUUCGCGUAGAUGACAUUAUAUUAGAAACACAUAUCAAAGGUGAUGGGUUAAUAAUGGUCCAGUGGUAUUUAGAUGGCAUUGCAAUCGAAAAUAAUGAAAAAUAUAUACAAAUUCGCGAACCAAUGGGCGUAUACAAGUUGUACAUACAUAAACCACAGGCUCGAGACAACGGCUGGUAUUUAGUUAAAGCGGAUAAUGAUUUUGGAUCAUCGAAUCGGCAGUAUUAUCUUCGUUUUGAGGGCAAACAAGAAAAGCCUUCUUAUAGAAUUUUUCACGCUGAUCCAAGACGAAAAUUCGCCGAUGACGAUAUAAAGAAUGAGCCACGAAAGCAUCGGGAGGUUGUGUUUUUGGAAGAUGGAACAUAUUAUGUACGAGGACAAACUCCUGAAAGAUACUGGGAAUGGGAAACAGACACAAGUGCUGAAAGUGAAUUUGAGGAUUAUGUCUCUGAAGAACGCGAUUCAUCUGUGGAAAAAAAAGUGCAAUCAAUUGAUGACGGAGAACAAUCCGAAGAAGUUGCAGAUGACACAGAAAUAAAUGUGAAAGUUGCAUCUGAAGCACAAACAAAUGAUGAAGAAAUUGAGUAUGUAAAACCCAUGCCAGAAAAUGAAAGAGAGAUUAAACGAGGGCAAAGAAUUAAAAAAAUGCGCAAGAAACGGUCCCAGCUCCUACAUCUAGAAGAAACUUUAGCAACAACUAAGAUUCAAUCAGUUGUCAAAUCUUUAUCACAAUUAGAGGCGGGGGAUAAGGCUACAGAAAGUUUUCCCCCAAAAAUGAGAUUAAGUCAGCGAAUAUCAUCUUUCUUGUUCCAGGAUCGUAUACCUGAUUCUAAGCAAAAAAAAAAGAUAGCUGAAGUCGAAUUUAUAAGCCGUUUGAGGAAUCAAACAUUACUAAAAGGAAAAACAAUAAGCUUGAACUGCUGUUGCUCUGAAAAUAAAAAACUUGAGGUUAUCUGGUAUAAAAAUAAUCAAAAAUUUGAAAUAAAUAAAAGAUGUGUAAGUGACGUUCAUUUUGGAUUCAUCACCCUUGAAAUUUACCGAGCAAGCAUAGAGGAUUCCGGCGUGUACGAAUGUCAUGUUACAACAGCCAAUGGCGAAGCAAAAGAUUCGUGUACAAUUACAGUAUUCGAGUUACCAGACAUUCAAAAGGUUGAAAUGGUUCCUCCAACUUUCAUACAUCCAAUCAAAGAAACGUAUCACUCGAAAACUAACGACCUUUAUUUGGAAACUAGAGUCAGAGGCAAUCCAAUCCCUUCCUUGGUCUGGGUCUGUGAUGGUGUAUUCAUCCUCCAUAGUACAGACAAGUACGAAAUUUUUAACCAACACUACUAUGAGCUGGAAACAAGAAUUACUACAGCUACUCUCAUUAUCAACAAUCCUCAAUUGAAAGAUAGUGGCAAAUACACUUUGAUUGCCAAAAAUGAUGUUCAAAAAGUAGAAGCCUCGCGUCAAGUGAAAAUCGAGCUCCGCUCUGUGGCACACAAAAAGAAAGGAAUGUAUGAUGUUAUAAUUGAAAAUGAAACCCCUAGGGUGAAUCCAAAACCACCAACACCUGAGCCAGUUGUCUUGGAGCAAGAGAAUGAUGAAUCGUUGCACAAGGAAAAGAGUGGCACUGAAAGGGUAAAUGUUGCUGAAGAAAUCGAAGGCGAAGAACAGGAGAGCGAAGAUUAGAUUCCGUAUAUAUUAAUGAAUAUGAAUAUGAAUAUGACUAUGAAUAUGAAUAUGAAUAUGAAUACGAAU